GCAGACUCUGGCCCCAAAUAAGCAAGAUGGCAACACCUGUGUGGUCCUCGUUUUGGUCUUGUGGACUAUGACCCUAAUUAAUACAUCCGUGGUUGUGAAUGACGCAGUGAAAACUACCAGUUUAAAACUUCUAGGAGACAUACCGCGGAACUCAAACAAAACUGCGUUGACUCAGUAUCCUAACGCUGAAAAAAAAUAAUGUUUCCAAGAGAGUUUGCGUGGGGAGCGGCAACUGCUGCGUAUCAAAUAGAAGGAGGCUGGCAGGCAGAUGGCAAGGGACCAAAUAUCUGGGACAUAUUUUGUCACGAGAAAGGCAGAGUGUUUGAGGAGCACAAUGGAGACGUGGCCUGUAACAGCUACGAGCUGUGGGAGAAGGACCUGGAGUGCAUCCAGCAGCUUGGACUGACGCACUAUCGUCUGUCUCUCUCCUGGGCCCGCCUCCUGCCUGAUGGCACCACACCACAUGUCAAUCAAAAAGGUGUACAGUACUACAACAAGGUGAUUGAUGAUUUGCUGGCCUGCAAUGUAUCACCUAUGGUCACACUUUACCACUUCGACUUGCCUCAAGCUCUCCAAGAUCAGGGUGGCUGGAAAUCACCAGAUAUAGCAACCCUGUUUGACAGCUAUGCCAAGUUUUGUUUCCAAACAUUUGGUGACCGCGUCAAGCUUUGGAUCACUAUCAACGAGCCCUAUGUGUGCGCCAAAUUUGGCCAUGAAGACGGCAUCCACGCCCCGGGGUUAAAAGAACCAGGCACCGCCGCCUACCUGGUGGGCCAUAACAUGCUGCGUGCCCACGCCAUGGCCUGGCACAGCUACAACUCCUUCUACAGGACAAAGCAGAAGGGUGCAGUGUCUCUGGCCAUCAACAGCGACUGGCAUGAGCCGUUACACGCAGGUUGCACCGAGGAUAUCGCUGCCACGGAACGCUACUUUGCAUUUACACUAGGGUGGUUUGCCUGGCCUGUGUUUGUUACUGGAGAUUAUCCAGAAUUAAUGAGAUCUUCCAUCGACGCUCAAAGUAAGAAGAUGGGAUGCAGUGGCAGCUCAAGACUGCCUAGUUUCUCAAAAGACGAACCUGCCAUUUUGGGCACAGCAGACUUCUUUGCGUUGAACUACUAUACGUCUCGUAAAGUCAAACCUGGGGGAGGUUGUGGAAAGAUGUGUAUGGUGUGCGACCAAGAUGCAGAAGUAGUUCUGGAUCCAUCCUGGCCUAUUUGUGGUGUGUCAUGGCUCGCUGUAGUGCCCCAUGGCUUAAGGAAACUUCUCAAGUACAUCAAGGACACUUUCAACAACCCAGCAGUCUACAUUACAGAGAAUGGCUUCUCUCAGGUGGGGCCGCUGCAGAUUGAGGACGUCCAGCGCUCAGGGUUUUACAAGGACACCAUCUUGGAAGUGGCUAAAGCUAUACAGGAAGAUGAGGUCAACGUCCGUGGAUAUUUCGCAUGGUCACUGUUGGACAACUUUGAAUGGGCUGAUGGAUUCAGUGUUCGCUUUGGAUUGUUCCAUGUGGACUUUGCGGACGCAAAGCGAAGCCGAACCAUAUACCAGUCUGGACGGGAGUAUGCAAAGAUUAUCUCAAAAUACAAAUGUGGUCAAUCCAAGUGAGAAGACGGAGGAAUAAUAAUAAUAAUAAUAAAAUGAUUAAAUUUAUACAUUCUUAAAAAACUUAAUCUAACUGUAGAUCCAAAAUGUAUAGCAGCACUAUUGUCUAAUGUUUAGAAAAUGGUCAGGGUCAUUUAUAGAUAUCCAUCUUCAGCAGGGGACGUGAGGUUAUGGGCGUAGAGUGUUAAGUUGAUUCAAUAGGAUGCAAAUCAGUAUUCUAUCCUGCCCAAUUCAGUCAGUCAAUCUGUACGAGAUGAGUUCCUCACUCAGAGGGCUCAGGCAGCCAUAAGACCAAGCAGUGGCUGCAGAAGGAUGUGCAUGAAUGGUUUAUCAGUGUUUUAAGCCCCCAACGUCUCUUUCCAGGCAGGAAGGCACUAGGAUUAAGCAAUGGUUUAGGUUAGGGUUAGGUGCCUUGAAGUCAACGGUCGCAGCGCUGCCUGGAAGGAGACGGUGGGGGCUUAAAACACCAUCGAGCAUAUGAAUGCAUUGUCAGUGAUUCGUAGCAAUAUUAAUGGUGGCCUCAUCUUGAAUAACACCAUUGUUAUGUGCCUGAGUACAUGCUUUCACCUUACGUGUAUAGCAACCUAUCCACUCCUUAGAUCUACCUGUGAGUCAGAUGAGUGCGUUUUUGAUAUGCAGCUAUCAUGACGAAUCUGAAAAAAACAAUACCUUUUUAUUGUACUCUAGUGAAUACUUAAGUAAAUUCUGCAGUUUGUGGUUUCUGGUAUUUGGAAAAAAUAAAUGACACCUUUCAUUUCCUCAUCCUUUUUAUAGUCAAC